UGUUCUCUGGGGUCCAAUAUAGAAAUAAUCAGAUUUAAUAUAUUUGGUCCUAGGAGGCUUUGAAACGUUAUACAUUGGUUAAUAGCUUUAGGACUGAGUGGUUGGAGCUGUUGCAUGAAAUAGCUGCUGAUUUAAUUAUUUCUCUUUCUGAAGGACCUCCAGACAGCAGCUGCUGCAUUAGAAACCAACACAUCUGCCUCCAGUCACUCUUUGGUCAGCCAGACCACUGCUUCCAAGCUGACGUCCUCCAGGACAGAGAGGACGCCAAACAUCUCAUGGACCCUCAGCUCUGACAAGCCUUCUGCAGUCACACCACCUUCUAGCCAAAUACCAUCAAGAACAAUGACAGAAGGCCAACAACAACAAAGCAAAGCAUCACCAGGCAGCACAACACAGGCCAGUCAAUCAUCAGUUAAGACUGUGCAGUCCAGCCAAUCAAACACCAACCCAGUAUCAGCCAUCCAACCACAGAAAGCCACAUCAUCAAUAAGCCAAUCAUCAGGCAGCAAAUCACAAGGCGCCACAACACAAACCAUUCAAUCACCAAGUGACACAUCCAGUCAACCAUCAACCAAGACUUUACAAACCAGCCCACCACCAACCAGCCAGCCACAUAUAACCACCGCAUCUACCAGCCAAUCAUCAGCCAGCACAACACAAACAAGCAAUUCAGCAAUAACCAUAGAACCAUCCAGCCAAUCACCGACCAAGGUUGGAUCAGCCAGCCAUGCAUCAGGCAUCAUGACAGAAAAAAGCCAACCAGCAAACAGGACUAAACCAGCCAACCAAUCAGCAGGCAACAUGAUGCCAUCCAUGCAAUCACCAACCAACACAGCAUCAACCAAACAAUCGCCAGGCAUCAAAACUCAAACCAGAAAGUCGACAACAACAGAACCAUCUGACCAAUCGUCAACCACUGUUGCCUCAGCCAGCCAUGCCACAGGUGCCAGAGGGCAAACUACACCAGAGCGUACAACACCAGGCAGCCAAACACCAAUCACCAGCACAUCAGCCAGUCAGUCAUCGGACAGAAUAAUACAAACUAGCCAAUAUCUGCCAACUUCAGCUCCAUCUAUUCAAUCUCCAACCUCUACGAUCAUAUCCCACCAAUCUUCUGGAAAAACAACACCAUCCACUCAAACAUCACCUGAGACAGCAGAUCUAAGACAAUCACCAUCCAACUCAGAAACAACAGCCACUAAAUCAGACACACAAUCACCAGCCAGAACAGCACCAUCAGUUCAAUCAGCAAAAAAGACAGACAUCUUUAGCCAGUCACCAGCCACGACUCAGUCAUUGAGCCAAUCACCAGUAAGCACAUCAGCCCAAAAAACAGUAGGUAGUUCCAUGAUAGCAAAGGAAUCCCCAGCCAAUAAAACACCAGCCAGAAAACCAUCAGCAAAAAAAUCCUCAACGAGCCAAUCCCCAACUAGGACAGCAACAUCUGGCCAAUCGCCGAGAACAUCAGCGUCUGAAAGUCAGUCACCAAGCAGCAAAGCACCAGCCGAGAUUCAAGCUGAGCCUUUGUCAGGCACUAAUCCAAAAUCAAGCCAAGCCCCACCCAGCCAAACACAACUGAGCCAAUCAACAGCUGCCUCGAAGACAUCAAAUCAAUCUUCCCUCACGUCAACACCGGUCUCUUCAACACCAGCUGAUCAACCAAUGACAAGUUCAGAAGCUUCACACCACAUAUCACACAGUUUAGUAACUACUGGCCAAUCACUAUCCAAAUCGGAACCCACUGGCCAAACACAGAACCGCUCAUUACCAUCAAACCACAUGACGUCUGGUUCAAUGUCAUCAGGAAACCCAGCCAGUGGAGAUGUUUCAUCAGACGAGAGUCCUGUUGACAUUUCACUGGAUGCCAGGCAGGCGAAGGAAGCCCCGAGGUCAUCUAAACGCAGGAUUUCAGCGGAGUCAUGUGAGUUCCCCUGCCUGAAUGGGGGACAGUGCGUUCAGUCGGAGUCAUGUGACUGCAGCUUGUAUCAAGCCACUGGACACAGAUGUCAGACAGUUCCAAAUCCUGGCUUUGAGAGGGAGAUGGCGUGCAGGACGUGGGGUCAGUACAACUUUGAGACCUUUGACGGCCUUUACUAUUACUUCCCCGGCCGGUGCACGUACACACUACUGAAGGACUGCGAGGAAACCACCCAGGCCAGCAUCAUGGUCCAGGUCCACAACGACCCCGGCUGCAGCUCUGCCCCCUACACCUGCCAGCGAUCCGUCAGCCUCUUCCUCCCGUGGGAGGGCGAAAUCCGACUGCAUGCCAACAACAUUACCUUUAAGGGCCAAAGUUUGCAGCUGCCUCAUCACAUCCAUGACCUGCAACUGGAGCAGAUCUCCCAGUAUGUGCUGGUGACGCAGCAGCAGGGUUUUACGCUGGCCUGGGACGGACACAGCAGCUCCGUCUAUAUCAAACUCAACCCACAGUUUGUGGGCAGAACCUGCGGCUUGUGUGGCAACUUCAAUGCCGAUGUCCAGGACGACCUAAAGACGAGCUACGGUGUGCUGACUCAUGAUGUAGAAAUGUUUGGAAACAGCUGGGUGGAGACAGAUCCACACCAGGACAGAUGUCCGAUGGUUCCUUCUGGUUUCACUUCCCCUUGUGCUGGCGUUGAUGCUCUCAUUCUUCAGAAAGUGGAGGAGGUGUGUGCAAGGCUGCUCGACCCGCCGUUUCAGAGCUGCCACGACUUUGUGAGCCCGCUGUCCUACAUGGCCAGCUGCUCCAACGACCUCUGCAUGUCGGGUCCCAGCGGUGAUGUGGUAUGCCAGGUGUUCAGUGAGUACACCCGAGCCUGUGCCCAUGCUGACCACCCGCUGCAUGACUGGAGGCAGCACAUUCCUCAGUGUGUGAAGCUUUGUCCUCUGGGGCUGCAGUACAGGGAAUGCAUCAGCUGCUGCCCAGCAUCCUGCAACCUGGAGCGAGCAUGCAUCGACAGCAAGCUGGCCUGCCUGGAUGGAUGUUACUGUCCUGAUGGUCUGAUCUAUGAGAACGGCGGCUGUGUGACAACGUCUGACUGUCCCUGUGAAUACCACGGCAUGUUUUAUCCCUCUGGACAGACUCUGCAGGAGGAAUGCAACAACUGCACAUGCGUGGGUGGAGUGUGGAACUGCACCGACUACAGCUGCCCAGGCGAGUGCUCAGUCACAGGUGACAUGUAUUUUCAGUCCUUUGAUGGACGGAUCUACACUUUCCCUGCAACAUGUCAGUACGUCCUUGCCAAAAGUCGCAGCUCAGGGAGGUUCACCGUCACCAUCCAGAAUGCCCCCUGUGGAGCUAAUUUGGACGGGGCAUGCAUCCAAUCAGUUAACCUGGUUAUUGACGAGGAUCCAAGAACGGAGAUCACACUGAGCCACGUCGGAGAGGUCUUCAUGGCGGGACUGUACCGCAUCUCGCUGCCCUAUUCUGAUGAAAUGUUCCACAUCCAGGAGCUGUCGUCCAUGUUCCUCCAGGUGAGGACGGCAUUUGGCCUACAUCUGCAGUACAGCUGGACGGAGUUUCGUCUCUACCUGCAGGCUGACGAGCUGUGGAAGGACGACACGGUGGGGCUGUGUGGCACCUUCAACGGCAACAUUCAAGAUGACUUCCUAUCUCCAUCAGGAAUGAUAGAAAGCACUCCUCAGUUGUUUGGAAACGCUUGGAAGGUCUCAUCAGCCUGUUCCCUCAGCCUGAGUAUGCCUCAGCUCGACCCCUGUGACACUCACCAGCAGGCCGUGACCUACGCCUCGGAGAUGUGUGAUGUGAUGAAUCAGGAUCUGUUCUCCGCCUGUCACGAGUACCUCAGUCCGACACCCUUCUAUCAGCAGUGUCGGGCAGACACCUGUAAAUGCGGGACCCCCUGCCUCUGCUCUGCGCUGGCCCACUACGCUCGCCACUGCCGCAGAUUCUCCAUCAUCAUCGACUUCAGAUCGCACGUAUCCGACUGUGAGAUCACCUGUCCUGCCACCAUGCAGUAUGGUACCUGCGUGUCCUCCUGCCAGCGGCGUUGCUCCUCCCUCUCUGUCCCGCAGCGCUGUGGGGAGGAGUGUGAGGAGGGCUGUGUCUGCCCUCAGGGGUCCUUCUACAACCACCGGACACACACCUGUGUACACAGGAGCGAGUGUCCCUGCAGUUUCCUCGGAGCAGAUUAUGAACCAGGAGAUGUGAUCAUGACGUCAGCAGGUGUUCAGAUCUGUCUGAACGGUAAACUGGUGUCCCAGACUACAGAGACCGACAGGUUGUGCCCGGCAGGUCAAAUCUACCAGAACUGCUCCGAGGGGGAGGAAGGUCUUUUGCCAGGAAGGGGCGUGGCCUGUGAGCGCACCUGUGAAUCCUACCUGCUGAACAUCACCUGCUCUGCACACGAGCCUUGUGUGGCCGGAUGCGCCUGCCCUCCUGGCUUGCUGAAACAUGGAGACGAGUGCUUUGAGCCUGCAGCCUGUCCCUGUCUGUGGAAAGGAAAAGAAUAUUUCCCUGGGGACAGAGUCUCCUCCCCAUGCUACCAAUGUGUUUGCCAGCACGGGACGUUCCAGUGUGUGUUCCGUCCAUGUCCAUCCAUGUGUACGGCUUAUGGUGACCGUCAUUACAGGACGUUCGAUGGGCUGCUGUUCGACUACGUCGGCGCAUGCAAAGUUUAUCUUGUAAAGAGCAGCGCUGACGUGAUGCUCAGCGUUACAGCUGAGAACGUUGACUGCUUUGACAGCGGAGUCAUCUGCAGAAAAACACUUCUGAUAAACAUCAAAAGGUCCUUCGUUGCAUUUGAUGAUGACACUGGGAAGCCAAAUCCAUCCAGUGUGAUUGACAGGAAGCAGCGGAUGUUCAUUUGGCCAGCUGGAUACUUCACAGUGAUUCAAUUCCCAGAGGAAGAAGUUACCAUCCUCUGGGAUCGUAAGACUACCGUUCACAUCCAGGUUGGACCCCUCUGGCAGGGGAGGCUGAGCGGGCUGUGUGGGAACUUUGACCUGAAAACAGUAAACGAGAUGCGCACGCCCGACAACAUCGACUCCCCAACACCCCAGGAGUUCGGAAACAGCUGGACCGCAACAGAGUGUGUGAACAGUCCGGACAUCAGGCACCCCUGCAGCCUCAGUCCUCUCAGAGAGCCCUUUGCAAAGCGUCAGUGCGGCAUCCUGCUCAGCGAGGUCUUCCAGACCUGCCACCCGGUGGUGGAUGUUACCUGGUUCUACAUGAACUGCCUUGCAGACACAUGUGCCUGCAACCGUGGUGGCGACUGCGAGUGUUUCUGCACCAGCGUGGCGGCGUACGCCCAGCGCUGCUGCCACGAGGGCGUGCCUGUCGACUGGCGCUCCCCGUCUCUCUGCCCGUAUGAUUGUGAAUUCUACAACAAAGUUCUGGGUAAAGGUCCCUUCAGGCUUUUCACCUUCAGGGCUCCAACGACUGUGCUGGCAGCCAGCAGGUCCACCGGCUUUGUGUUCCUGCAGCGCUCCAACAUCAGCACCACUUCAGGCAUCCUGUCACAGUUCAUGAUGACCCCGGGCCUCAGCAGAGCUCGACCCCACGGUGAGUUAAUUCUGUUAAAACAGCAGCGUUUAACAUUUUUACUACUGCAAGAACUUAAUUUUUUCUGUCUCUCUGCAGUCUGGUCCUUACUGUUUACUAAGUGUUAUUCACCACAUAUCUGCAUGCUUCUUUUGCUUCUUGAACCAUUUAAUUUAUUUCUUGCAGACACAUCGAGAGUUUCCUUUGAGGCUGCUGACAGACCAAACUACUUCCUGCAUGCUAGCUCAAGUGGCCAGGUGAGACUGGCCAAGUGGGAGGAUAGUGAAGUGUUCUGGGACGGAGCCACCUUCGUCCUCCACAGGAACACCUGGAUUCAGGGCUACGACUCGCUUGAGUCCCACGCAAAACCUGGUUUCUUCUUGCACGCCAUGCUGCCCCGCCUCCACCUGCUCAAAUACAGACACACCGACAGCUUCCGCAAGGCGACGCUGUUCAGACUGACAGGACUGGGUCCGGACACCCCACCAGCUCCUCGGUGUCAGUGGCGAUAUGACUCCUGCAUCAGCCCCUGCUUCAAGACCUGCAGCGACCCGUCGGCUGAGGCCUGCGUCAUCAUCCCACAAGUGGAAGGAUGUCUUCCUGUUUGCCCUCCACACAUGGUUCUGGAUGAAAUUACACGCCGUUGUGUUUAUGUUGAAGACUGUAUUAUGCUUCCAUCUAUGGUGCUGCCAACACCAUCUGCUGCAGCUGUCACCUCUACAACAACCACGGGCACCACUGCCUCCAGCACUCCUCUUAGUGUUACCGUCUCCACCACCACAUCCUCAACCACUCCACACACAGGUCCCACUUCUGAGAGCAGACAGACCACCUCCUCUAUAGCAACACCCUCUCCACAUGUGUUUGUUACUCCUUCUGCAACUCCUGAACCUUCACCAGCAGUAGAACCUUCAUUUACUCCAAUAGCGCCCCCUGUUGUCAGACCAGAGGUGGAGGAGCCUCUGUCAACUGUGAGGGUGACGGAAGCUCCGCCCACAACUGUAACAGGAACGACAACACUGACGACAGGGUCAAGGACCUCCACCAUCAGCCCUUUCAGUCCCAUGACGUCCAGGACAACCAGCACUCCUCUAUUCUGGCUCACCUCCUCCACCAAACCCACUGACUCCCUGCAGCCGCUAAUCAGCACCACUGCUCCAACUACAACCUCCGCAGAGGGGACAGCUACCAUUAGCACUCCUGCUGCUGUGCGUCCAAAAGAAGAGCCCACAGAUGCCACAACACAUUUGGCAGCGGUUUCUCCGACUCUGACCACUUCCAGCCCGGUUCCUGCUCUGGUUUCAGACACUUCUGUAGUCACAGUAACAGACAGGACCAUUGUUACCAGUACGACUACCACGGUUGGCACAGGCACCAGCACUAAAGCUGCAGUCAUGGAGGAAAUAACAACAACACCUCGCAUUCCCACUGGUUUACAAGACACAGGUUCCACAACAGCUUCACCUGCUCCAACCUCUCCUCCUGUGGAAACAGGAACUGUAUCUUUGUCAGUGGUAACUUCAGCAAUGACAACAGAAUCAGUCACCCCAGUUUCCCUUUUCACCACCAGCAAAACAACUUCAGCAGUUACUGAUCAGUCACUUUCUCCUCCUGUUUCUGAGUUACCUACAAAUAUAACCCAUGCUGCAUCUACUACACGUUCACCCCAGGUCUCUACCUCAGCCACAGCCUGGCAAACAACAACAAAGAAAGUGACUAUACAUGAGUCACCAUCAUCAACAAGCCCUGAAGUUUCUACAACAACUGCUCCACCACCAAAGAUUACAGACACAUCUCCUCAGUCCACCUCUGCAGUCUACACUGAGAGAACCUCCUGGUCUGCAGCUGUCCCAGUAACAGGGAGAACGACCACCAGCGCGGCAACUUCAAGACCUUUAGUGGUUCCUCUGACAUCUACCAUGUCUGCAGGUCCUCUGUUCACCGCAGAACCGACUGUCCCUUCUGUGUAUCUUACAGAAACAACUGCUGUACCGCUGUCACAAACAGAGAGAUCCACCCGUCCCAUCUAUACUGAUCGGACCUCCGAGCCGUGGCGUCCUCCCCAUCGAGAGACAUCCUCCACCCCUGUCUACAAACCAACAGCGGAGACAUUAUCACUCUCCUCUGAAAGCAUCCUUCAUGUGGUCACAUCAACUAAAACUACUAAAGUUCCUCAUCUUCUGGUCACACCAGAACCAACUCUCACUUCUGCAACAUCAGUUGCUGCAACCACCACCACCCAAACUACAACCCCAGAAUUUUCAACUCCAGAAAGUGGGGCUACCACAACCAGGAAAUUGGUUACACCACCACCUCCACCUGAGCCUGGUGCUCCUGACACUCACCUCAUCACAGUCCCCACAAGAGCUCCACCCACCAUUGUUACCAGCAUGCUCAGACCUGUCACUAUUCAGCCAAUGACGGAGACGACACAGCCACCAACGGACAGAGUGGACAGACAGGAUUCAACCACAGCUACAACCUCAUCACCUCCGUCAUCGUCGCCACUUCACAUGACAACCUCCGCAGCAGCUCCAAGUGUGACCACUGUCCAGGACAAAGUCAUCACUAGGCUGGUGUCCACAUCAAGAGCUACACCCACCACGACGUCUACCGAUGUCACACGGACAACCACGUUCAGGACGACAACCAGAGUUCCCCUGACCACCAGUGUUACCCCCAGAUUUACAUCCACUGAUAGCUCAACCAUCAGGCCGGUCACUGCAAGGGUUACCAUAGCAAUGAGACCAUCAGCACUUACCACAAGAUCAACCACUCUCAGCCCACCAACUGUUGUUGCUACCUCCAGCACAUCCAGCACAUUAGGAGCGACAUCUACAACGAUCACGACCAAACGUGUCGACACAACUGCAGCCGGCCCACAUCAGACCACCCUAACAACGUCAGCCACACCAUCUCCAGCCGUCCCCACGGCAACCACCACAGAGUUAACCACAUCUGAGAAAACCGCAUCAACAAAAGAGACUGGCUUGUCACCAUCCAGCUCCCAACCAGUGACGCCUCCACCUGGUCUGCCGGUCCCCUCUUCAACGUCACCAUCAUCAGCCACCGCUGUCCAAACAACAGAAGCAGACAGAGUCAGUCGGACCAGUCCAGGUGUAGCUACCCUACAUGCAACAAUGGAAACAAGCAGCCCCACACUAGCGCGCACGACAUCUAUGACGGUGUCACCUGUGAGGAUGUGCAUUCCUCCGUAUGCAGAGAUUGUUGACGAAUGCACAAAGUACAUCUGUGUCAACAACCAGCUUAUCCUGUUCAACAAAUCCCAGAGCUGCCCCUUCACAGCUAAGCCUCCAAACUGUGGCCUACUUGGUUUUGCAAUUCUGGUCAAUGGAGACAAGUGCUGUCCAAAGUGGGAUUGUCCAUGUCGAUGCUCUAUGUUUCCCGAUCUGAACGUGAUCACGUUUGAUGGGAAUAGUGUUGCAGUCUACAAAGCUGCCUCGUAUAUAGUAACCCAGCUUCCCAAUGAGACCGUCAGCGUCCUGGUUCAGGAGUGUCCGGCCGACUCGGAGUCACCACUGCUCUGGAAUUUCACCAACUUGUGCCUGGUGUCGCUCAACAUUACCCACAAAUCCAACCACGUUGUCAUCAACCGGCUGCAGAGAAGACUCUAUGUCAACUCGCGGUACGCUAAGCCCCGUUUCAAAAAGUAUGGCUUUGAGAUCUACGACACAGGCAAUAUGUACCUGAUCCACAGCCCAGCUGGUCUCAAGCUGCAGUGGUACCACAGCACCGGCAUGAUGGUGAUUGACACCGACAGCUCCAGAAACAAGCUCCCCACCAUGGGCCUUUGUGGCUUCUGUGAUGGAGACCCAACAAAUGACCUGACUCUGGCCAAUGGCACCAAGCUGGGUGAAAGUGAAGAUCCGGCUCUGUUCAUUGACAGUUGGCAGGUUCCCAACACCACCAGCUACAUCAGCCAUAGCCGCCGGCGGGAACAUAACUGCUCCACCAGUGACUGCUCCAGCUGCCUGGCCAUGCUGGAGAACCAUGCCUUCACCCCCUGCCACACCUUUGUGCCACCCAGCACAUUUUGUGAGGUUUGGGUGCGGGACUCAGAGUAUGUCAACAACCACUGUGUGGCACUGGCUGCAUAUGUGGCUUCUUGCCAUAAAUUCAAUAUCUGCAUUGAGUGGAGGAGUCCAGAUUACUGCCCGUUCAUAUGUCCUGACACUCUACGGUAUCAGGCCUGUCUGCCAGCAUGUACGUCUCAGUCCUGUCCCAACCAUGACUUUGACUCUGACCCAGACCAUUGUUCGGGCCUGACGGAGGGCUGUGUGUGCCCAGAGGGAACACUCCUCCACCGGCCAUACUCUGCACUCUGCAUCCCUCCUGAGAAAUGUGCAUGCACCGACAGCUCUGGUGCUCCUCGUGCACACGGUGAGGUCUGGAAAGCUUCAAAGGACGGCUGCUGCAUGUACCGCUGUGACAAUGACACCAUCAUUCCUGUGGAGUACAACUGCUCCAGCAUGCCGGAGCCAGUAUGCCACCGGGCAGGCGAGAUGGUCAUCAGUAUGGCUGACGACACCAGCUGCUGCCCACAUAAAGUCUGUGUGUGUAACCAGAGCCUGUGUGACCAGCUCCCUCCUGAGUGUAAAUAUGGAGAGAAGCUGGUGUUGUACUACAGAAUGGACUCCUGUUGUCCAGACUACAUAUGUGAAUGUGAUCCUGACCUUUGUGAGUCAGACAUUCCCACCUGCAGAGAUGACCAGACUCUGAUUGCAACCAGAGCCGACGGUACCUGCUGUCUGGCCCACAUCUGCAUGUGCUCAUCCUGUAUGGAGGCAGCUCCUCUUUGCCAGGACGGCGAGGUACUGACUGUUGACAGCAACACCACCGAUCGCUGCUGUCCCACUUACCAAUGUGUGUGUGAGCCCUAUAGGUGUCCUCAGCUCAGUUGUCCUGUUGGGAUGUCUGUGGUGUCUGUGUCCAGUCCAAAUCACUGCUGUCCCAACCAAACAUGUGAGUGUUCAUGUGAAAAGAUUGCCUCGCCCAAAUGUGGUCUGGGAGAAGCAGCACAGCUGGACCGGGCCUUCCUGUCAGACCCUCAGAACCAGUGUGCCUGCAAGAAAUAUAAGUGUGUGCGUGAGGCGGUGUGUGUGUUUGGCGAGCGGGGCGUGCUGCGGCCCGGUCAGACUCUGGUGGAGCAUGGGGAUGACGGCUUGUGUCACAGCAGGGAGUGCAGCCACGUCCUCGACCCGGAUAGCGGCUUCAACUUACUUCGAACCAUCCACAUCAACUGCUCCGCCUUCUGCCAACCAAAUCAGAUCUAUGUACCUCCAAAAGACCAGACCACAUGCUGCGGUGUCUGUAAGAAUAUUUCCUGCCUCUACCAGCAUGAAAACGGGACCACGACUCUGUUUAAGCCGGGAAAGUCAUGGGUGUCAGACUGCAAGAAGUUCGACUGCGCCGACACUCUGUCUGGACCGACGCUCAUCUCCUACUCCUACAGCUGCCCCCCCUUCAAUGAAACCGAGUGUAUGAAGGUUGGUGGAACUGUUGUAAAUUACAUGGACGGAUGCUGCAAGACAUGUAAAGAAGAUGGAAAAUCAUGUCAGAAGGUGACAGUUAGGAUGACGAUUAGGAAAAACGACUGCCGCAGCAACAGACCUGUGAACAUCGUGUCAUGUGACGGGAAGUGUCCGUCCGCCAGCAUCUACAACUACAACAUCAACACAUACGCUCGCUUUUGCAAGUGCUGCAGGGAGACAGGGCUGCAGCAGCGCUCUGUGCAGCUCUACUGCAGCAGCAACGCCACCUGGGUCAGCUACACCAUCCAGGAGCCCACCGACUGCUCCUGCCAGUGGUCCUGAUCAUACACUCGCAUGCAGCUACAAACACACACACACAGUGUUCCAAUUUGCAAGAUUAACAACCAUAAGAUGUAGAAGAAGAGGAAAGCAGUUCAGAAAGGUUGUUUUAGGGAUUUAGGAUGUUGGGAAAGAAGGAUGCAAAGCUGUGAUUAGCUGGAAGUUGUUGCAGUGCCUCUGCUGGCAGGGAGGUGGAGCUGCCGAGCAGGAACGCAGACACUGAACUUUGAUCUCUGAUAUUUACUUUCCCUAGGAAUGCAAGACCAAGGAAAAUGGCAGAACAUAAUCUCAUUGGUCAUUUGGGAUAAAUUUGGUAGAAUUUAAAGUUCUUAUUUUCCCUGUUUUUGUCUUGAAAGGGAGAUUCUGUACAAUGAAAGAAGAUUUCAGGGGCUGUAAUGAUUCCUCUUGUUCUUACUGGUAACUAGAAAUCUCUGCAGUCUAAUGAAGGAUUUGAUCAUUUGAAUUUGAUAAAUUUCCCCAGUACAGUUCAGCUUCUACAUCAAGCUGUUGGUGAGCUCUGCAGGCCUUGAAAAACCUUAAAACAUUGACUUUAAGUUAAGUGUAUAUCAAGCAUCCUUUGAAUUUAAUUGUUAGAAAGGUUUAAUUAUUUUUAUUUAGAUUUUUUUGUUGUGUGCAGAUCUUGCAGACCCUUUAUAAAUUGCAAAUAAGCAUUAUAACUUAGUUUGCUGUGUUUUUAUCCAUUUAUCUUCUGCCUUUCCAGACCACAGUCCUGUUUAAGGCCUCAGUUACAACACAAAAUUUAAACUUACUACAACCAUAGCUGAGUAUUUAAAGAUAGUUUCUUAUUGAUUCCUGUUUGGGUUAUUAAAACAGUUAUUGAUACAGUCAGGAGUGAAAAAAUUUCAAAUUACAUGAUGAGGGUUUACAUGUUUGAAUGUUAAUGGGUCAUGGUAUCUUUAUCUAUCAUGUAUGCUUGUCUACACAGAAUAACAACCUAUAAAUAUGUUGCCAUCUCUUGAUUUUUAUCCCAAAAUUGCAACACUGCUACUUUUAGGACACAUGGACAAACAAACCUUUCCCGUGAACCUGGACAAGAACAGAAUCAGUUCAUCCAAUUUUUUUUUACAGUAAAUUUGUGUAAAAUAAAUUAUUACAACACAGAAAGAGAAAUAAGUAGAAAUGUUCUUGGAUUUUACUGCUCACAGGAAGUGAAAAGUCAUAUGUUAGCAUUUUUAGAUGUUAGCUUUUUACUAAACAUCAGUAGUUUUCGUUCCAAUUUCAAGUGUUUUCUCUAAAUAAACAUUAAAUAAAUCAAUACUGAAUCUCUAAAAGCAUUUGCAAUUGUUUACUUCAAAUAAAUGAACAAAUCCCAGUUCAGUGUUCUGCUGCAGCCUCCCUGCAUUCUUCAGAGAAACGGGGACACCACCACAGAAGAGCAUCACAACUGCUAAUUAAAAAAAUAUCUAAAUGAGUCGGGGAGCAAAGGAUCAGGAAAACAGUGAUGGUUUUCACAGAACUUGUUUUUGUAAAUAAAUUUCAGACUUGAGAAUUAUUUUCAAUAUCAAAUUCUUAGAUAUUUGAUUUUUUAGAAAGAAAACAAUAAACUGUAUAUUCAGUGAUGGGAGCUUUACUUUCUUUAAUCAACUCUAGUAAGGUGUAUUCAUUUAUUUUAAAUCCAGCUGUUUGUGGAGCACUUUAUUUAUUUAUUGGAGUCUGAUAGAGGGCAGAAGUUCUGAUCUGGAAGAGAAGAGAUGCGGUCGACCCAUAUGGUGAAAAAAUGAACAUGAAAAUGAUCCAAAACUCUCUUUGGUUUUACUCUCAAAUACAUAAAUGAGUCUGUUACAGAAACAUUGUUUUUACUUGGUCUAAAAUUCUUUUGUUACCAACAGGAUAGUCAAAUUUGUAUCAUACAAAUGUACAUUUGCAUUUUCA